AUGACCACUCGCCGCCCCGUGCCAGCCAGCCAGCAGCUGGGGGCGCGGUGGAUGCUGACCACGUACGUGACCUGCUGUUUGCCGACUGGGACGCGUGCUUCGUGGAAUCAGCGACGAUCCUGCGUAUCCUUUGCGACGGCCCCGCAGCCGCCUUCAAUGCCUCUUGCCAACCCACCGCCCCUUCAUGACACGAUCGCAGCAGCGACGUCGAAAACCACCCGCGAGGACUUCGCCGCCGCCUUUGCACGUGCUACAGCGGACGUAGCCGAUGACCUGCUGCAAGGAAGCAGCUGCGCUACCCAUUUUCAGCGGUCGGCCCACCUUUCGGCCUGGACCGAGUACCUCGUCGGGCUACGCGACGUACCCCCUAGCAACACAGCUGAGGGACCUCAGCAGAGCCGCGGUGCCUCUAUGAGGGCCUCGUCCUUUACCGCCGGGUCUCCUCUGACCGACGACUUUGCGGCUGCACAGGACAUGUUUCUGCACCAUAUCUUCGACGAUGUUAAGGAAGCCGCGUUGUACUCGACCACUCGCCGGCCAGAGGCUUUUUUGCGCCCUGAGCAAGCGGCAACCGACGGCGCUCCUGCGGGUGGGUUUCAGUGGCAGCUUAUGCCGCUAGCAGCGGCGCUGAAGGACAUGGAGGUUGUCCUACAGGAUAUGCUCCUGUGGGAGCAGGGGGGUCGUGUCAAAGGUGAGUCGGCCGGGUUCCCCACCAACUCUGUGGUCGCGUUUUGGCGCGCCAUGCUGGAGCAGGCAUUCCUCGGGCAGUACUGUGAGCUUGCGGCGCUGAAUGACGGCGACGUGGCAGCAACCGGUGCGCCGCAACACUGGCUGCAAAACAUCUACCCUUAUGACUACUCCCGGCAACCGGCAGGACUGCGACGGCGUCUCGAGCGCGGUAUCCGUGCGCUUCUAUGCUCAUCUGCCUACACACUUCACAUGCACUGGGAGCAGCACAUGGCGCGCCACCCUCCCUCGGAUGGCGCGGCAAAGAUCUUGGGGCUCGAGUUUGUCAUGCUUUGGUGGUGGGCUAACCCUGAUCAGAUGCCAAUUGAGGUAUCCCUCGCUGCUGCUCGACUGCCGCCACCGACGCAGCAGUCGUUGCGACAGCGAGAGUCGCCGGCGGAGGCGGCUGCUCUGGGACACCACAGCGAUGGCAGGCACCCAGCAGCGCCACCGCGGCGAGCAGUGGAUAUUCCAAUGGCACCGCCAUCUGUUGAACAGCACUUGCAGCGCUACAUCGUUCACCAUUUGGGCUGGGGGAGCGCCGGUGCGCAUACCCAUCCUCAGGAUGUGCAGCAACAGCGGCGUCGCCAUGCUGUACUCCGCGACGGUGGUCUUCUCUGCCCGGCAGCGGUGUUCCCUCCAGCAUACCAAGACGCGCUCCGCGCGCACUUGGCCCGCGUGCGCCACAGGAAAAACCUGACGACAUGCCCAUUGUUCCUGCGGUUGGUGGAGGUGGCUCUGGCGGUGGCCACAUCCGACGCGGCGGCCUUAAGUGGAGGCAACGUGCCAAGCUCGUCCACGCACCCGGCCCAAUGCAAGCCUCUGAGCGCGGCUGCCCGUCGCGGUCGAGAAAUCGCCAUCCAGCUUUGCCAAGAGUGGCUGUGGCCAGUGGUAUGCGGCCGCACUUCUCCACUCACGAUGUCAUCGCUGGGGCAGCCGCCCCACAGCUGUAGCGCCGCCGUCGCGCACGCGCCGCCACACGCCGAGUCGAUGGAGACAUUUGAGGAUUGGGCUGUGCUGAUAGCAGCCGUGGUGGCGGUGUCGCAGGUGCGCGGCAACCUGCUCGCGUUGCGGCGUGCGGGCGGAGUGAGUAUGCGAGGAAGGCCUGAAGUGGCGCAUUGCGCGACCUUCUCCGGAGCCGGUGGUAGCAACACUGAAGAGCCGGCUGCUGCGACGUUGGACAGGAGCACGAGCCUCGCUCACGUUCGUGACCGCCUCUAUAUGCCUCUGAUGCGAGUCUUGCUAGCCGACCCCGAAGAUGUGUCGUCGAGUGACGGCGAGCAUCCUGUCGAUGCCUACGGUGCGACAGUGCGAGACGACAUGCCUGGCUGGGUGGCACUUGUAUUCGCGCGCGUGUCCGCUUGCUUCGAGGAGGCAGGGAUGCUGCAACGUGACGUAGCCCGCCAGCCUGCGACCCCUGCGCGGCUCUGGUGCCUUCUCUUUCACGCCAUGUGUGACGCUUUCCCCAGCGUCUUUCAUUCGGGCAACACCGUGACGGUCAUGUGGACGCUGCUGGCGCUCGAGGGAGUUUGUGCGGGGCCGUCGCUCUACUACAGCACGUAUCGGGCGACGAAUGCUGGCAAAACACAGACGAUGUCAGCGUGGUUGAACACGCUGGCGGCUUGGAACGGCUCCAGAGUACAUGCUACCGAGCUUGCCCUGCUGGAGAAACUCCCAAGCUGCGCCGAUGAGAGCGAGGCUGUGGCUGCAUGCGCGCUAUGCCCGCGGAUGGAAAGGUGCCAGCGGACCGCGUUUGUUCUCUCGACUGCCGUGGUCGAAACUUCAGCUAACGACGGUGGCCUGAAACACUCAGUCGAAGCGUCUACGGCACACUCGCGGCAAGGGAGGAGGCACAGUAAAGUGACAUCUCUUCCCUCAUUCGCCAGUGCCUUGUCUCCUGCAUUACCGCUGCAGCGGAGCUCUGCAGCUGCACUCGCCCAAGCGCGGGCCCAUCUCACAUCCUGCGCGGAGCUCUCUGAGGAGGUGGUGACGGUUUCCAUCGAAGUCUUCCGGCGAUACGCAACGCUCCCAGUGCCGGUACCUGGCGUGGAGACGCUGCCCUCCAUCGAGGCUGCUGCAUCGGUGUCCCACGUGGGAGAGGAGCGGCACCGCCAUAACGGCGGCAGGCUACCGACAGAAGCGGCGCUGUUGCGGCCUCGGGGGCACCCAUCGUUGAUGGUGCUUCUCCGCCUUCUUCAGGUGGUGGCCCUGUUCGGUGAAUCCGGAAACCCCCCGUCUGUCGGCGAUCCUGGUCUUGUCCAAUGCGUAGUGGAUGAUGUGAUAAGUGCAUGUCAUCCUAUGGUUGCCGUGUACCUGCGCAAGCUGCGCGUCUACGCGGCGGCGGUGUCAGGGAGAAGCGGUGCCUUGGCGCUGCUACACAACGAAACACUGCAACGUGCACUAGAUAGCCUCCCUCCCUCACUGGGGCGGCAGCGUCUCGUGAAGGCGUUGCUGUGGUCUGGACUACCAGCCUCCGCGUUGGAGGAAGGAAAGGCGACGGAGGCAGCGGUGUACGGCAGCGGCUCUCUUGCAUGGUAUGUACUGGAGAGAAAUCAACAGCGGUUCCUGACCUUUAACCGACACAACACGUCUGCUGCCGCUUCCAUCGACACGACGGACGACAGACACCACAGGCGGCAGCCAUUCUCCACCGACGAGGGAAGCGAAAUAGGCAGCGGCGCAGGCGAUGGCACGAACAGUUUCGCAGAGGUGGUGUCUUGCUUGGAUGAGGUUGUGAGGCACCUUUGGCAGUUGGCGAUCGCUAUCCCAGACACGGCCCGUGUUGCCCUCUGCCUUCACCCGUACGUGAGCAAUGGCGUGGUAAAGCGCAGUGACCUAGACACAGCCGUGAACUCCCCGGAAACGGCCGUCAAGUGGUCGGAUGAAGGAGCGUCGGUGGCAACUAGCUGCGACAGCGAUGGGGUGACCGACAAUGAACCCGACCCCGCUCGGGCGAGCAGUGGUGAAGACACAUUACCAGCCUUGCCCACCGCAGCCGCUAGCAAAGACAUACCCGAUGCGUUGGAGUACGAAAGCAGCGCCCUCCUGGAAAGCACAGCGGACGAGUGCCUCGACGCCGAAGUCGAUGGGGCCAACGCUACUGCGGACUGGGGCACGAGCACUUUGCACGUGGUGGAUGACUUCGACGACGACGUGGCGGCCGUCGUGCCUGCAGCAGAGGAUGCACACGCACCACUGACCGCCGCCUCGCUGUGGGACUCGCGCGCGGCGGUCAGGUCUUCCGUGACCCGCGAAGCAACGCACCGUGAAGACGGCAUCAUACCCAUGGACAGCGAUGACGAACCUGUCGUAAAACAUGAGGGCUCGACGGAAGGCGCAGACAGCUGCAACACACCCACGGACUAUGACGACUACCGCGCAUUGGCACACGCGCUGCUACUCGCCACACCCGCGGCGCAGCACAUCUUCUAUUCGCUGCUCGAGGUGCUCUCUUGGAUAGUCACGCCGCAGAGCUCUUCGACAGACAGAACGACGAGUUUGGCGCGCGUCUGCCCUCUAGGCCAUGCGCAACUGCCGGGUGACAUUGGCCACCAUUGGCGCACACGACUGGCUGCCAAUUACGGCAAGUGCGUCUCUGUGUGGCAGGCACACUGUCAUCUCACAAGUGCAAGUACAGCGGCCACGCCGGGGGCGGCAGUAUUGUGUCGCCCACAGGCCAUGGAGCGUGUCGCCCUUCUCCUUUUGCAGUCGUGCCCUGACGUCUAUGUUCUGGGGUUGCUACUGCUUGCUAUGGCAGGUGGUACAGCGGAUACUCAGCACGUGUCGCGCACGGCAGCGGAAGCGUUUGCGCGUCGACUUCGGCGAACUGGCUCCCUGCUCCCAUGGUCUGUCGAGUCGUCUCUGGCGCAGCUUCUUUAUCACGCCGGUGUGACAGCUGCGAGUGUGCGACGCUGGCGCAUGGCGCGUGGGUUAACAGGCGGCUCGGCGUCCCGCUGCGGCACGGUUGGCGCUGCCUCUGCAGCUCUUCUGCAUGUUGUGGACCAUCGAAGGCUGCUGCAGCGCGUGCAAAACGAACGGUGCACGGUGAACGGUGGCGGCGGCACUAGUGAUGCCGAUUACGAGGUGAAGCGUGAUCUGCUGCUGAGCAUGGGCAACCUGCUCCUCUGCUCUCUGGAGCAGCGGGGUGCUGCAGGGUCGCAGUGCCGUGUAUUGUACCGGCACAAUGCAUAUGUGAACGAGUUUCUUCUUCACCGCAUGCCCACCGCCGCAGCAGCAGGACUUUCGCCAUCGUCGUCGUCGUGGCCGAAUAUGCCCAUCACCGCCCUACGCGUCCUUCUCCCGUCUGCGCAGCUGACCACGCCAUCGCCGAGCAGUAUGCCGCCGCAACAGGUUGUCUCUCUGAGAAUCGCGUGGCAGCGCCGCAUGGGGCGUUCAGAGAGGGCCGCCCUCCGAAGCUGCUUCCGUGGCACAUAUGCCUGUGUCACUCAGGUACCGCACCACGGCGGCUACUGCGACGACUCCACUUCCGUAGAGCAAAAAAAGCGGUGCGGCGACGACAAAGAAUACGCCGCAGCAUUCGCGUGA